AUGGAAGACUUUACGCUAUUUCGAAAUCACAAUUAUAAGACCGACACUGAGUAUGUGGUGAAGGUGGCCAAGACUUUAUUAACACCUGUAGGUAUUUGGCCGCUCUAUCGAGGUAAUUCCAAGUCGGACAAAAUCAAAAAUUACCUCCAGACAGGCGUAAUAUUCGGAUUGAUGUGCUAUCUACUUAUCCCACACGUCAUAUACACCUUUUUCGAUGCAGAGGAUCUGACAAGAUACAUGAAGGUUGUAGCCGCUCAAGUGUUCAGCCUACUUGCCAUUAUUAAAUUCUGGACAAUGAUUAUUAAUAGAGAAGAGAUCAGAUACUGCCUGCAGCAAAUGGAAAUGCAGUAUAGAGACGUGGAGUGCGAGGAAGAUCGGUUGGUGAUGAUGAAGAGCGCCAAGAUUGGCAGACUCUUCACGGUAACAUACUUGGGAUUAUCAUACGGCGGCGCGUUGCCUUAUCAUAUAAUUAUGCCGCUGCUGGAGGAUAGAAUUGUCAAAGAAGACAAUACGACACAAAUACCUCUACCCUACCUUAGCGACUACGUUCUUUUUGUAGUAGAAGAUUCGCCGUUCUAUGAGAUUACCUUUGUUUCGCAAAUUCUGAUCAGCAGCAUUAUCCUCUCCACGAACUGUGGUGUUUAUAGCUUGAUUGCUACCUGUGUGAUGCACAGUUGCUGUUUGUUCGAAGUCGUGCGCAGACAGAUGGAAACAGUCCUCGACAAUGGAAUCAAUAAUCUUCACAAGCGAUUUGGGAGAGUAAUCGAGCAUCAUAUGCAGGCCAUCAAGUGA